UAUACCUGAGUAGACACAAUUAGCUAUCUGAGUGGUCAGAGGCUAAAUUCGCAGAUUUUGAGAGUGACGAAUGAAAAUAAUUUAGAAUUUAAUUUAUGAUUCAAUGAUAAUGAAAAAACUGAAUCAUUUUCUUUGAUUCAGUUUGAUGGUGAAGUGAAUAUAGUCCUGCCAAACCCCACACUGGCACAUCCCACUGUCUAACUCCACCCAACUGCAUAUCUGUGGGUGGAGCGAAACAGACCUUUAAAAGCUGCACGCCGUGACCUGCUGACUAACAGGACAAGUGAAAAACUCAACAAAGCAAAAUGGUUGUGUGGACAGACUUUGAGCGCACCACGAUCCAGGACAUCUUCUCCAAGAUCGACUAUGCGGUCGUUGGGCAAGCAGCUUUUUCCAGGUGUCUGAUUGUCUACCCCUGGACUCAGAGGUAUUUCGGUGGAUUUGGAAACCUCUACAAUGCUGCUGCCAUCACAUCAAAUCCAAGGGUUGCGUCUCAUGGAAAAGUCAUCAUGGAAGCUCUGGAAAAAGCCGUGAAGGACAUGGACAACAUCAAGGCCACAUAUGCAGAGCUGAGCGCGCUGCACUCUGAGAAACUGCAGGUGGACCCUGACAAUUUCAUGCUCCUGGGUCACUGCCUGACCAUUGUGGUUGCUUCCCAGCUGAGUAAAGCCUUCACUCCUGAGGUACACGCAGCUUUUCAGAAGUUCCUGGCAGUGGUGGUGUCCUCCCUCAGAAAGCAGUACUACUAGAGAGCUGCAGAGGACCGUCACAUACUCAGUUUUUUUAAUCAUGUCUUAAGGAGGCUUAAAUAAAUAAAACAAUGGGCAUAUUCUUCACUUUGUUGUUUUUUCCUUUUCCAACAUUUGUAAUUAUAUCAGGGUGUAGCAGAAGAGUUAAAUGGUGGGUGUAUCUUGUAGUGCAACCUAUAAAUGAGCCUAUUCUUUUAAUUUUUAAAUGGUGUCCUCCCUCAGAAAACAGUACUACUAGAGAGCUACAGAGGACUGUUUUUAAAGUGUGACUCAAAAUGCUGAUAAUAAAUGCGAUAUAUGAAGCAUA